GCCCUGCUCAUAAACUCCAUCACUCUCUCCUCCUGUUCAUCUUGGCGGAAUCCACAAGCGUCUCCGUUUGGACAAAACCCCCACACUCCGAAAGACAUUUAUUCAAAAGAUCUCCUGGUCAUGGAGCUGACGAUCACAUUCUUCACUGGGAAAAGUUUCCCCCUGACCGCGCCGCUUCACACUACUGUCAGACAGCUGAAGUCCAUGAUCCAGGAGUGCGAGCAGGUGCCCAGCGCAAAGCAGCGGCUGAGUACGCAGAACGGCCACAGGAUCGACCUCAAAGACGACUCGAGGACGCUGCAGGACUACGGUCUACAUUCGGGAUGCACAGUCGUCGUGCUGAUUAUACAGUCCUACCAAGUGUUUCUGAGAAAUGAUAAGAACGCGAUGCACACAUACGACGUCGCCCCGGGAGAGACCGUCACUCAGUUCAAGCUCAAGGUGCAACACAAGGAGGGCGUCCUUGUCCAGCAACAGUGGCUGGUCUACGAAAGCAAGCAGCUGGAGGAUGGCCGUACACUGGAGGAUUACGGGAUAAAAGCAGGGAGCCACAUCAAUCUCUUGCUGCGCCUGAGAGGCUGAACGUGAUGGACUGCGCCAAGCUUUAAGAAUUUUAGAGAUCAUUUUUAAUAAUGUACUGAAUCGGUGAAAAUUGUGAUAUUGAAGACUCAAUAAAGGGGACCACACUGAACUACCUUGA